AUGAACGGUGGUAAUCCUUGCGCCGACCCUCCUUUCCUAGGCGUGCAGUGCGACUCAGAGGGGCGCGUGCAGUCCAUCUCGCUGGUGAAUCGCGACCUCGUCGGCAGCGUGCCGGACGAGCUGUCGCAGGUGAACGAGCUGAUCAGCCUGAACCUGGACCAGAAUAAGCUCACGGGGGUUAUUCCCAACACGCUUAAUAACCUCGUGCACCUGCAAUCCGCGUCGAUAUGCUGCAACCUGCUCAGCGGGCAGAUCCCGGACUUGAGUCCCAUGACAGCGCUCAACCUGCUGCAUCUCGAUGGCAACUUCUUGCAAGACGCCAUUCCUGAAUCUCUUGCCAAUCUACUCCAGCUUAAGGACCUUCAGCUGAACAACAACCACCUGUCGGGUACAGUGCCUUCCGUGCUCGGCAAUCUCCAGGCGCUCACCGUGCUGCGCCUCGACCACAACUACCUCAGCGGCACGCUGCCGUCCUCGCUGUCGUGGCUCGCCACCACCCCCAACGCCGUCUUUAACUUCACCGAGAAUCUCUCCGACUUCUGCGGGCCCGCAGGGCUCGGCGUUCCGCUCUGCCCCGACGAUCCCAAUUACGUUCCCCCCGGCACUGCUGCGCCUCCAUCUGCGCCUCCCUCCGAAGCACCGCCGUCCAGCCCCUCUCCGUCUCCCGUCCCCCCCGCCCCCCCCGCCCCCCCCGCCCCCUCCGGCGGAGAAGCGCCCCCGUCCAAUCCUCCUCCCGCACCUACCCCCGACUCUUCCGGAUCGUCAAAUUUAUCUCCAUCCGAUUCCGCAAGCGGUGGUGGCAACAGCUCCAGCAGCAACAGCAGCAGCAGUAGCGGCGGGGGCGGAGUUAGCAUAGCGGUUAUCGCGGGCGUGGCCGGGGGCGUUGCGGCUCUUUCGGUGAUGGGGUUGUUCGCGUGCUACUGUCUGCGCGCGCGCAAGCGGAAGACUGUGGUUAACGCCGCUGCGGGCGGGGCGGCGGGCGGGACGGGAGAGGCUGCGGAGAUGAUGGAGAAAGGGCAGGUCGCCGCUAUGGUUCCUGGCAAGGGCGGGAGCGCGGGCAAAGCGGGAGCAGCGGCGCGCAUUGCGUCCAUCAAGAAAGCGAGCGCAAGCGCAGAAGGCGGAGCCAGUGGUCGCAGGGGCGUGGGAGGGUCUGGUCGCGGUGGUGCAGACGCAGCACCCGGAGCGGUGGACAUCGGUGCUGGCGCGCAAGCCAACAGCCGGCCAUCGCCAAUAACGAUAACGGUUGAAAAGGCAGGGGCAGCAACGGGAGAUGUCACAGCGCCGUUGAUUUCCGCUACUGGGGGAACAGCGUCUGGCGGAGGGGGGGGAGGCGCAGGAGCAGCGGCGGGGGCAGUAGCAGGCGUUGCUGCUGCCGCCGCAGCUGUUGGCGUGGGCGCGGCUGUAGCAGCAAGUCAGGAUAAGCGGAAGAGCAGUCCCAAGGAGCCGAGCAGCAUCCGCGGAAGCAGCAGCGCUCGCAGCAGCACGGAUGGGGAGGAGGGUGGUGGAGCGAGUGCAAGUGGCAGAAACGGACUCGUCCCGCUUCCCACGCUCAAGUCCCUGAAUUCUGGGAAGAACCCGCGGGGUGCCUUGGGGCUGUCCGGUGCAUCUGGUGCUGCAGCAGGCAAUUCGGAAGGAGACGCGGCGGAUAGGAAUAGGGGCAAGGAGGCAGAGAGGGGCGGGGAGAAGGGAAAGGCUGGGUCAGAGAAGCCUUCGGCUCCUGCUGCAGUGGCGGUGGGAGUGGCGUAUGGCAACGCGGGGAGAGCCCUGAGAGCGGCUGAUCUAGAUCUUGACGAGAAGGGCGCGGGUGGAUCCGCCACGGGGGAUGGCAGCAGCGUAGGGGGAGACGACGACGGCAGUGACACGGGAGGGGCUGCGGGCAGCGGCGCUGCUGCAUCCGCCGCUGCUGCUGCCGGGGGUGCUGGUGCUGGGUUGGGCCGCGCUGGGGUGUCUCGAGGAAAAGCAGGAUCAGGGCGAGAGCUUGGCAGUCCUGGUGCUGGGGGCGGGGGCACGUGGGCGGGGGGGUCAGACGCAGCGUCUGAGGCGUCAGAGGAGAGCGGCAAGGGCGGGUGGGAGCGCGCGUUUUCGUUCUCGGAGCUGGCACUGGCGACGAACGACUUUGGGGCGCGUGGGCAGCGGAACGUGGUGGGGCAGGGGCGCAAUGGGACGGUGUACAAGGCGAGACUGCCGGAUGGCACCACUGUUGCUGUCAAGCGGCUCAGCAAUAACAAUCCGGACCAGACAGUGCGCGAGUUCCGCUUCGAGGCGGACGCCAUGGCGCACGCGCGGCACCCGAACGUGGUGGCGCUGCUGGGGUGCUGCGCGGAGGGCGACGAGCGCAUGCUCAUCAGCGAGUUCGUCCCCAACGGCUCUCUCGAGCUCUGGCUGCACGGCGCGGGCGCGGGGGGCGGCGCGUUCGGCGCGGGCCCCGCGGAGCCCAUGGAGUGGCCGCUGCGCGUGCAUGUGGCGCUGGGAUGCGCGCGAGGUCUGGCAUACCUGCAUGAGGGCACGGACGUGCGGGUGGUGCACAGGGAUGUGAAGGCCAGCAACGUGCUGCUGGACGCGCAGUGGAACCCCAAGCUGGGCGACUUUGCACUCGCCAAGAUCAUGGCCAAGGAGCAGACGCACGCUGCCACUCGCGUCGUCGGCACGUACGGGUACGUGGCGCCAGAGUAUCUGAACACGGGCAUUCUCACGGAGCGCAGUGACGUGUACAGCUAUGGCGUGCUGCUGCUGGAGCUCGUCACGGGCCGACGCCCCAUCGAUAACCACCUGCCGCCCGAACAGGUGGACGUGGUGCGGUGGGUGAAGCGGCUGGCAGCAGAGGAGCGAGUGGGCGAGGCACUAGACCCGCGCAUAGCGGGCACGGUACCGGCAGACGAUGUGGAGUACGUGGUGGGCAUCGCGCUGCGCUGCAUCGAUGCUAAUGCGCUCAAGCGCCCGCGCAUGAAGCAGAUCGUGCACAUGCUCGAGAGCGAAGACCCAGCGCUGAGAGACGGCUGGGUGGCAAAGAGGCCGACUCCUGCUAGUGCCAAGGCGCUACGUGAUUCCAGUCCCUCAUGGUACCACCGCAACGCUGCCUCAGACUCCCCUGCAGCACCCUCCUCCGCCAUGGCGAUUUCCCGAGCCAGCCCUCGAAGCUCCAGCCCCCGGUUCGGCGGGGCAGGUCCGGGGAUCCCUGCGCCUGGUUCGGCGCGCGCAGCCGGCACGAGGCACACGGACAUGCUUCGCUCGGGCAGCCCGAGGAAUUUCGUCGGCGGCGCCACGGGCAGCAGCCCGAAGGCAGCGGAUAUUGGCGGGAUGAUUGCGUCAGCUGCCAUGAAAGCAGGUGUGGUGGGUGGAAGUCCUCGAGCAGGUGGGUAUAUAGGGUACAGCCCCACUAGAAGCGGAGGGGCGGUACCAGUUUCACCCCCAUCAGCCAGGAAUGGCGGUGGUGGUGGUGGUGGUGGUGCUUCUGCAGGGGGACGAUCAGCAAGGGUGGGUGCAAGCCCACCAAAGGUUCCUGCUUAUGCACAGGGAGGAAGCCCCUCUGCUGCCCGGCUUGGUGGUGUGGGAAUGGGAGCUGGAGGGAUGAGGGGAGGCAGUCCAGGGGGUGCAGGGUACAGAACUGGCUCCAGUCCGAAUGCGCCAUUGUAUGGGGUGGGUUCCGGAGGGGUGUAUGGGCAAGGAGGGUCCGGCAGGGGUGGGGAUGGUGGCGGUUCUGGUGAUGGCAUUAUUUCAAAGUCGAGAGAACGAGCAAUGGCGCAGCCGCGCAAGUUCCUGGUGGCGGUGGACGACAGCGAGGUGUCGGCGUACGCGUUCACGUGGGCCAUCACCAACCUCUUCCGCCCCGCCGACUCCGCGCUCGUGCUCACCGCCAAGAACUACGCGCCCGACAUGCCGCUGCCCACCGCCGAUAUCGCCGCUGGGGGCGAGUACGCGGUGCCGCUGGUGGCGCCAGUGUCGCCGGAGGAGCAGCUGGCGGUGGAGGAGCGCGCGCGCGCGCUGGUGGACAAGUACAUGCGCCAGUGCGAACAGGCCAAGGUGGUGAGUGAGGGCGAGGUGGUGCAGGGCGACCCCGGGCCGCACAUCGUGAGCGAGGCAGCGCGCGUCGCGGCGGACGCGCUCGUCCUGGGCAGCCAUGGCCGCGGGAUCCUCGGCAGGACCUUUCUGGGCAGCAUUAGUGACUAUGUGCGCCACCACUCCACCGUGCCGGUGGUGAUCGUGCGGCAGCCCAAGGCGGGGGAGGCGGCGCACGACGCGCUCACGAGCUCGGGCAUGGCGCGGCGGAUCGUUGUCGCCGUGGACGAGAGCAGUGAGGCGGAGUUCGCGUUCGCGUGGGCGAUGCGGCACGUGGUGCGCGACGGCGACCGCCUCACGGUGCUGCACGUGCAGAACCCCAUCGCCGCGCCCACCUCGCUCGGCAUCGCAGACCAGUUCGGCAUGGAGGACGUGUACAUGCCGCCCGACACGAGCAACCGCGCCAACGUGCGCGCACUGGACGACAGCGAGAAGCUCGUCGAACGAUUCAUGGGGCUCGUCGCCGCUAGCAGCAAGGCGGAGUGCGAGGGCAGGGUGGUGAUGGGUCCCACGGAGGAGCGACUGGUGGAGGAGCUCAAGCAGCUCACCGCUGACCUGGCUGUCGUUGGCACGCGCGACCACGACGUCAUCUCCCGCACGUUCUUGGGAAGCGUCAGCGACUAUCUCGCACACAACUGCCCGUGUCCGCUGGUGGUAGCCAAGAUGCCAAAGCCCGCAUCUCGCCCGGGAUCCACCCAGGCCUCUCCUCGUGACUCCCACCAGCACGCCAUCUGA